AUGAGACUAUCAGCUGUGGACAGUGCCUGGAUGAUUGAAUCUUUCUUUACGAGAGUCCUGUAUAUUUCCUCACUUGCAGAAAUCCUGAAGCCGGCUCUGCUGGUUUGCUUCCUAUUGGUCGCCGUUGUCUUCACCCUCAAUUACCUGGAAAUAAACAAGGAUUUUGACCUGAGAUAUAUAUAUGCGAGGUUAACUCAAGCUGACCCUGCCCCCCCCACAGUUCCGUAUUUUAAGUGUGGCCUGUCCAAGCCCUGUCCCGAGGGACACUUUGCCUUUAAGAUAAGCAGCGGGGUGGCCAGUGCGGUAGGACCCCGCAUGUGCCUGGAGGACAAAACACUGAUGAGCGGAGUGAAGAACAAUGUGGGAAGAGGGCUGAACAUCGCCUUAGUAAACGCAAAGACGGGGGAGCUCAUUAAAUCGGACUACUUUGACAUGUGGGUAGGAGAUGUCAACGUCCUGAUCGCCUUCCUGAAGAGCAUUGAGGAGGAAACGCUGGUGCUGAUGGCUACUUUCGACGACGCCUACACCAAGCUCAACGCGGAGGCGAAGCAGCUGAUCGCUGACUUGGGGAGCUCCAGCAUCGAUGCGCUGGGCUUCAGGGAUAACUGGGUGUUCCUGGGUGAGAAAGGGGCCAAAGCCAAGAGUGCUUUUGAGAAGCACAUAAAGAACGACCCAAACACCAACAAGUACGACGGCUGGCCGGAGGUGCAGCAGAUUGAAGGUUGCAUUGCCAAGAAACCAGAGUGACCUUUGACCCCAACCUCAGUGUUGGCUCUGUUUGGAGCAAUGGGCAAUGGGUGUCCCAUUUUCCUGUUUACAUCACCGAGCAGGAGCAGGUGACAGAGUUGCCUAAACACUGCUGCCUUCCUAUCUGCAGGUAGAUGCCAAGCAGAAAAGAUUUUAUAGUUAUUUUAAACAUGUAAAUAUGAUCACAGAUAAAGCUGUACAAAGAGUUAGAGCAGUGAUUUAUCUGUUGGUAUUAGUAAGGUUAUGAUUUUAUUUUUGUUAUUACUAAUUUAAUACUUGUGUAAAAUCUACGAUAAUGGAGAGGGACUUUUGCGAAGAACUCCACCGUCUGUGUGUCCCUCUAACACUAUGUGGUUACACGCAGUUCUGUUUUGCACCCUUUUUCCAUGCAGUACAAGGCAAUUGAUUUUUCAGCACUGUUUCCUUUGCAGACUUGUACUUCUGUGUUUCCAUGCAUGAAUUUCAGACUGAACUGGUAUUUCACCCCAUGUCAGAUUGCAUCAUGGGAGUCACACUAAUCCUGGUGCCCUUACCUCCCCAUCCCAUUUGUUUGAAACUCGUCUUGCCGUGCAACACAGAGAGGUUAUUUAUCUUCUUUCAUAACGGUCCAUUUUUUUUUUUUCCUCUUUUGACUGGCAACUUGGCACUGCAGAGCCGUCUUCUCACCUUGCAGUUGGCCAGGUCUGCCACACCUCAGAGGAGUCUGGGACGUGGGAUGAGAUCUGAAUGUGAGUGUGUGUGGAACAGUGUCACAUUUCACAUCACCCAUUGUGCGAUUGAAAACGCUUCAAGGAUUG